UAUAUCUGCUUUAUUCAGAUAAAGCAGUUUGGAUAAUUCGUUUGUAUUUAUCUUUGAGUGAUAAUCAUUUAAUUUUCAAGAAAAGUUUAGUGAAAAAUAUUGUUAUGUAUGUUAAUACGCUAAAUAUUUACAAUGUAAUUAAUCCACAAUUAAAUAAAGAAAAGAAAUGUACAAAUUAAAUAUUUUAUUGUUUUUUUACUAUUUUGCAAUUGUUUUUGCUAAUACAUCAGCAGUGAAUGAUAAUUUUUGCAUAAUUCAUGAACCUGUUUUGAGUCUUUUUUCUUAUAACUUUACAAACCUUAUAAGUUCUACAAAAGAUGUUAUUUUAAAUUUCCUUAAUAUAACUAUACGAUUACAACUAUGCUCUCCAUUAAAAGAAAAAUGCAAUGGAAAAGAUGGAUAUGGAGUUUGUUUAUUAAAAAACAAAGAAGAAAAAGGAAUAGGAAAAAUGCCUCCAACAGUAAACAUAACUCAGGGGAGAAUAUCAUUUAUAUUCACAGGUGAUGAUUGUACAUCUAAAGUAAAAUAUAUUGUAAAUAUUAUUAUGAAAUGUGAUUAUAAAGCUGAAAAUUCUUAUCCUGAAAUAUUUCCUGAUACAUUAAAUACAUGUAAUAUAUUCAUGAUAUGGAAAACUCAUCUUGCUUGUGGACCUCGAAUUAAAAAAAAUUGUACAGUAAUAAAUAAUGGUUUGCACUAUGAUCUAUCACCUUUAACAACUUAUUCAAAAAAUUAUAUUAUUUUAAUGGAUAAUAAAACAUCUUCAAAAAUUAUAUUAAAUGUUUGUCAUUCUGUAAUAUUUGAAUAUAAUGCUCUAUGCCAAUCAACUUCAGGAGCCUGUUUAUUACAAAAUUUAUCACAAAUUGGAUAUGUAAACUUAGGUGAUGUUCAGUCUCCAACUAUAACAGAUGGAAAACUUAUGCUUGAAUAUCAAGAUGGGGAUUUGUGUAAAGUGAAAAAUAUUACAAUACCACAUAUUAAAACUACUAUUUCUUUUAUAUGCGAUUUUGAAGCUAUGGAUACAUUUCCAGAAUAUAUUGGAGGUAGUGAAGAAUGUCAUUAUCAAAUAAUAUGGAAAACUAGAGCAGCUUGCAGUAUAGAAUUUCUACGUAAUAGUAGUAUAGCUACUGCUGGGAAAUGUACAGUGAAUAAUCCUCUUACAAAUUUUACAUAUGAUUUGCGGUCUUUAAUGAAUAAAAAUUUUUCAAUAACAAAGAAUGACAUACAAUAUAAAUUUAAAAUAUGUGAAUCACUUGUAGAUAAUUCAUGUGUAACAGGAACAGGAAUUUGUCUUUCUAAUAAAAAUAAAUCUAUGGAAAUAUCUAUGGGGAAAGCUAAUACAAAUUUAAUAUGGGAAGAAGGUGGACCAUAUUUAAAUUACACAGAUGGAGAUUUAUGUGAAAAUGGACGACGACGUUAUACAAUUAUUGCAUUUUUUUGUGGGCCAGAAGGAUCUCCAAAUAAACCACUUAUUAUGGAACAAAAUACAUGCCAAUUAAUUAUACAUUGGAAUACUAAUUUAGUUUGUGAGCAAAGGAUAAAAUGUGCUACAGAUGACAAUGAAAUAAAUUUAAGUUCAUUAAUAAAAUCUACUGAUAAUUAUAUUAUAAAAGUAAAUAAAACUGAAUUUCAUAUAAAUAUAUGUAGACCACUAGUUCCUAUAUCUGGUUUAACAUGUAUACAUGGCAGUGCAAUUUGCAAAACUUCAAUAAAUUCAAAUAAUGAAUAUGUAAAUGAAACUAGUUUAGGAUUGUCAAAAGAAAGCCCUAUGUUAAAUAAAAAUCAUGAAACUGUAUUACAUUACGUCGGUGGAUCAAUAUGUCCUGAAAAUUCAAAAAAAUUAAUUUCUUCAAAUUUUACAUUUCCAUGUUAUAAUAAUGAUAAGGGACUUCCAGAAUUUAAGAAAUAUGAAGAUUGUACUUACAUUUUUGAAUGGAAAACAAGUAUAACAUGUGGAGCUGCAAUGGGAAAUUGGAUCUCCCCUUGCAUUGUAAAAGAUCAACUAUUUUCACAUGAAUGCAAUUUAUCUUUAUUACAUAAAAAUGAAAAAGUAUAUUAUGUAAAAAAUAAACAAGGAAAAGAAUAUAGUAUAAAUAUAUGCGGCGGGGAAAAAGUCUGUGAUAGUUCUGCUGUAUGUCAAGGAAAUAAUAAAUAUGGAUCAUUAGCAAAUGUAAUUUUUGAUUAUGGCAGAAAUGUUAUAAAACUUCAAUACUCUAAUGGUAGUAAAUGCGUAAAUGGUUUUUAUACAUCUGAAGUAUGGUUUAUAUGUAACAAAUCUAUAGGAAUUGGCACACCAAAAUUAUUGUGGGAAUCGGAAUGCAGUGCAAAAUUUGAAUGGUACACAAAUGUCACAUGUACCUGCCAAUCGAACUCUCAGCAACCCACAAUUCCUUCAAAUGCAUACGAUGUUCAAAACUUUUCUCCUAGUCAUAUUGGUAUCGUGGCAGUCAUUGUAUUGAGUGUUAUUGCUUUAAUAAUAGCACUAUUUUAUUUUCGAAAUCCAGAUAAAAGAAUGUGUUUGCGCUUAUGUAUCAAUCCAUUUUCUUCAAGAAGAGGCAAUAGUCGUGUCCAAUAUUGCAGAGUUGAUACUACGGAAGAAGCUCGUCUUCUGCUCGAUGUUGAUGCCACGCAGUGUCAAACUGAUAGCGAUGAUGAUCUUUUGAAUGCAUAGUCAUUUGUUGUUGUCUUUUAUAUAUCUAUUUUAUCUAAGUUCAAAAUAUACGAAUAAUAUUUUUAUUUGUUUGUCAAAUACUGAAAAUUUUGCAAAUAUAUUUUUCUGCUUUAUUCAUAGAGAUAUCAUAAAAAAAUGAUAACUUUUGUGCUUUAUGCGAUUAAUGAUUAUGCAAGUAAAAUCAAACUUCAUAUCAAUUUUAUUAUAUGAGGCUAUGUUAUUUUCUAUUUAUUUAGAAUAAUUUUACAUUCUUAAAAAUAAUAUAUAAUGAUUUUAAAGAUUUCAUUAUUUUAUCGUUAAUAAUUUUGAUUUUUGUGAAAAAAAGAAACAAAUUAGAGCUUAUGUUACUUAUGUAAAAAUUAACUAUAUAUUUUAUUUCUAUUUAUAAAUACAAACGAUUUAUUUCUUUAUGUAAUACGAAUAUUGUUUUCAAAAACAAUUAUAAUAUUUGAUAAAUUUGAAUAAUUUAAAUUGAAUGAUUUAAAAAUAUUAAAAUUAGCAAUUAAAAGAAUAUAAAAAUAUAUUUGUAAUACAUUCGUUUAUUUGAAAAAUUUAAUAUUUUUUUUUUCUUUUAUGAUAAAAAUUUCAUGGAAUAUUUUUAUUUAUCAUUAUUUUGACAUAUAGUUAUGUUUUUAAUUACGGAUAACUUUUAUGCAAAUAGAAAGUAAUUUUCUUUAAUAUUACUUAUAUCUUAUUAAAAUACGAAACUUAAUACAUAAAAUCUAUUUUGACGAUUCUCUAAUAAAAUUAAUAUAUUUUGUUAUAAUAAAAAACAUUCCAAUAUAUUUUUGUGUUAAAAAAAUUAAAAAACAAAGAACAUUGUAUAUUUAUAGUGCCAAGUCAUUGUUUAAAAGUGUUUAACUUUCAAAGAAAAAAUUUCUAAAAGUGACCAAAGAAAUUAAUUCCUAACGACGAAUUUAGAUUAUUAUAUUUAAUAUAACCCAAUGUUAUAUUAUAUACAUUUAAUAAAAUUUUAAAUAAUCGAAAUAAUUCUAAUAUCGCGAUUUCUUGUUAAAAGCAAUAUUUUGCUUGUGAUUUAUGUGAUAUUUGUAUUGUAAUCGAUAAUAUUAGCAAAAAUACUUUUUUGUAAUUUAUCAUUCAAACAAAUAUUUGAUAAAUAUAUUUUUGCGAAAAUCUAGAUGUAAUAAGCAAAUAUGUAAUAUGUUAAUUGGUGAAUUGAUUUAAACUAUGCAUUAUUUAGAUGUAUUAAUACAAAAAUAUAUAAUUAUAGAGGGAUAUUUAAUCUAUAUAUUAAAUAAAUUAAUGAUGUGUCAAAAAAUUAUUGUUUUAAUCCUUUUUCCCUAAUAUAAAAUAGAUAUUAUUAUUUAAAACAUUGAAUUUUUAUUAUUUCAAAUUAUGCUAUAUUAUCUUUUUAAUUUAAGAAGAAUAAAUUAUUUUAAUAAUUUAAUGAAUUAAUCGUUCCAAAAAUUUUUUUCUUCAUUUUUAUACAUAUAUGUAUAUACAUUUAUUAUAAUAAUUGAAUAGGUAAUAACGUCCACGGCAUUUUAUCUUGGUAUUUUCCUCGAUAAUUAUUUUGUCCGUGAUUUUUCUCAAUACUUUUCAGUUGACGCAUAGAUAAUUUUUCUACGAAAACUUACCUUAUAGCUUCUAAAUAUCGUGCUGCAUUGAUUCGAUUUGCUUAUUCUUCGAUUCUCUUUGAUACCUAGAUUUCAAAAAAAUCCUGUAUGCAUAAAUCAAAGAUGUAUUGUUGUGUUUGACACAUACCUUCUGUAAAUCGUAAUAAUAUAUUGGAAGCAACAUAAAUUGCAAUCUAUAUUUUGAUAAAACAUUAAUUUUUCAUUAAUAUAAUAGUACGUAUUCAAUUAACACCGACUUUUAUUAUUACCACUAUUAUAUUAUUAUUAUGAUUUAUAAUUGACAGACAGGAAUUAUAAAGUCAUAAACUGUUAUACAGUGUUUCCGUCCUUUUUGUCUUUUUUUUUUUUUUUUUUCAUUAUAACUAUUGUAAUCUUCUCGUUAAUUGACAAUCGUGAAAUAUUCAUAGAAAUAAUGAUUUUUUCACGUGAAACUGUGUCGUUUGUAAUUUACAAUUUUUUUUUCUUUCAUACGGAAUCGAACAUUAAAAAUAAAUAUUAAUAAUUAUCAUUUACACGUGUUUAUCAAAUUUAAAGGUCAAGAGAUCUGUGUCAAAUAUAUUAUAAAGAACAACGUAGUCGGUGCUACUUAAAGAUUACUCUUCGUACGAAGGUAAAUCGAAAGUAUGAGAUAUGAUAAUAAAUUUUCCUAUUAUAGAAUAACUAUACAAUUGUAACUGAACCGUGCGAUUUUCAUAUUUUUAUAAAAAAUUUAAUAAAAAACAUUUCCAUUUACAAUAUAAAUAAUCAUUUUUUGCAUGGCUAUAAGAAUUAUCGAUUUUGUUUAAAAAUACUUUUAUGUCACUCUAUAUAAAAUAAAUUUUAAUUAUAAUUCUAUUUUAAAAUGGUGAUUUUCAAAUCAUAUAUAAUGUAAUUUUUCUUUCUAUUGCUAUUUAUAAAGAUAGAAUAAUGUAAUAAUAGUAGAUAAUAGAUAAGAUAAUCAAUCAACUAUUCAAACUAACAAGGAAAUUCGAUAUUCAACACUUUUAAAAUAUUAAAGUAAAAGGUUCAUAUUUCCCAGAAUUAUCCUAUCUAAAUAUUCUUUUCAAUUUUAAAAUAAACGGUUUCCAUACUUUCAAUCUACUUCGAACAAGAAAUUGUUUUCCUUCAGUUACCACCGCAGUUUACACCGCAUCUUGUAUUAUCAAUUACACAAUUGAACAAAUAUAAAAAUGGAACAAAGGAUAGGGGGAGAGGGUGGCGCGUUCACGCAGAAAAUCGUCUUACAGAAAAACGGAGAACAAUGAGAUGGAAUUUGUAAAAAAGUCACAAUCAAAAAAAGUCGACAAGUAAUGUGUACAUUAAUUUAUGUAAUAUUCCACUCUUUCCGUAAUAUACACGCCAAGACAAGAUUGAAACCAAAAACCUCGCCCACCUCGCGGAUAUAAAUUAACGCGUGCAAGUCGAGCACGUCUGAAACAAUACAAUCAGGAAAGAAACAUAAGGAUCGUAAACUCGGUAACAAUUCUCGUUUUUUUUUUUUUUUUUCGGUAUACCACACCAGCGUGCGCGUGAUACAUCGACAAUGUAUGUACAAUGUAUGUUACACAACGGAUCUCUAUUAUUCGAUCACACACAACAUGUGUCCUUUCGAGCUUACAACGGUAAUACAGGCGUGUGUACGAUUUGGAACAUGGGGAAGAAGAAGAAAAAAAAAAAAAAAAAAAAAGAAAACGAAA